UUUAGUACUGCGAGACCUCUUUCUCGGAGGCCCACACCCAAAUCCUCUCGAUCUCUCUGUAUCUUUUCUGAAGUUGCACUCUGUGCUACUGUGGCGCUGACCCCUGUCUUGGCAGACCGUUUUUUCUAGAGCUCCGCCAAGCACAUUGUGCCACUCAAGCGUUCAGCUGGCCUCUCUUGAGGUGCAUCUACUGCUCAUCACGUCUAAAGAACGCUCGGCCAUCGUUUCUUGUCUCAUUACCACCACUGCGAUAACAUCCACGUACUACCCGCCUCCUACCAGUGUAGCCACCACCUUAAAUCUUAGCUGACGACCAAGGUCUUGAAAAAAUGUCCGCAGCUGUCCUCUCCGUGUUCGUCGAGCAGGCAAAGACAAAGUACAUUCUCGAAAACCCGAAGAGCGCUUCACUGUAUGAGAAGGCCUGCCUCUAUAUGCCGGGAGGAAAUACGCGAUCUGUGCUUCAUGUGGACCCAUUUCCUCUGACAUUCGUGAAGGGAGAGGGCGCGAACGCAACAGACGCAGACGGACACUCUUACGUGGAUCUAGUAGGAAACUACACCGCAGGUCUUUAUGGCCACUCCAACCCUACUAUUCGAUCUGCUCUGCUCUCUGCGCUUGACGCAGGUCUCUCACUUUGCUCCGCUACUCCCUACGAAACCGACCUCGCUCAGGCUGUCUGUGACCGUUUUCCCUCCAUCGAACAAGUCCGAUUUACCAACUCCGGCACAGAGGGCAACUUGAUGGCACUGGCGGCAGCAAAGGCUUUUACGAAGAAGGAAAAGAUCUUGGUGUUCGGGCAUGGGUAUCAUGGAGGCGUGCUGUUGUUCCCGGAUGAAAAGGAACCACAUGGGAUCACGGUACCACAUGGUUUUGUGGUAGGAAGAUAUAAUGACGUGGAACGGACGAGACAAAUUAUCAAGGGCAAUGCUUCACAGCUCGCCGCAGUCCUAGUGGAACCAAUGCUCGGUUCAGGAGGUUGUCUUCCAGCCUCCCGCGAAUUCCUCCAAAUGCUUCGCACAGAGACGCAAUCCGUCGGUGCGCUACUCAUCUUCGAUGAAGUCAUGACGUCAAGACUAUCUCCUGGUGGACUGCAGCUCACUACGGGAAUUAUACCCGAUUUGACGACGCUGGGGAAGUACAUUGGCGGAGGAAUGCCAUUCGGUGCAUUUGGCGGCAGGAGGGAUAUCAUGGCGCUAUUCGAUCCUCGAUCACCAAGCUACAUACCACACGCUGGCACUUUCAACAAUGAGUCCCUCUCCAUGAAAGGCGGAUACGUUGGUCUCACAGAGGUCUAUACGCCGGAGGUCGCCACCAGGCAUAACGAAAACGGUGAUGCGUUCCGGGCAAGAUUGAAUAAUGUGGCUGAGGGGACGUCGAUGCGGUGGACUGGGAUCGGUAGCCUAAUGAACGUUCACUUCAGCCCAAAAAAGUGUGAGACCGUUCAGGAGAUAUUUGGCCUGAAGGAUCAAUCACUACGGAGCCUUCUAUACUUCGACAUGCUCAAAGCCGGCUUUCACCUCGCCAAGCGGGGCUUCAUCGCCCUCAGCCUAGAAGUCACACCGGAACAUGAGGAGAGGUUCUGUGAAGCUGUGAAGGAGUUCUUAGAUAGGCACCAGGAGUUCGUGCGGUUGCAAGAGGCAUAAAUGAUGGAAGGGCCUUGACCUUUCUGACGUUCAUGAACUAUGACGGUACUCGAUGGGUGCG